CCCCGCUCCUUCCUUUCCGCCGGAAGCAGACGGACUGGGCCGAGGCCGAGGGCGCCGGCGAGGGGAUCGUUCCAAACCCGGGGACACAGAGCACCUUUUCCGCGCGGCUACAAUCCUAACGCUGGGAAGCAGCAUGUCUGAGGAGAGGUUUACAGCCGCGUCCAAAAGGAGCUCUGGAUGCACCGGUUUGGAACAGGUGAUUGUAGCAAAUCCUGGGAAGACCCCGAUCAGCUUGCUGCAAGAAUACUGCACAAAGAAUGGCAAAACGCCUCAGUAUGAGCUUGUGAAUUCCGAGGGUCAAGCUCACCUGCCCAGCUUCACCUUCAGAGCAACCGUGGGAGAAGUGAGCUGCAAAGGCCAGGGUCAGAGCAAGAAGGCUGCAAAACACAAAGCAGCAGCAGCGGUUCUUAAUAUUCUGAACGGAGGAAGUCCACAGGACACAAUAUACGAUGGUAUAAGCUACGCUUUACAAGAUCCAGAACCCAUUACUUCCCUGAAGCAAGCUCAAAAUCCUCCCAACCCCAUUGGUGCCCUUCAGGAACUGGUGGUACAGAAAGGGUGGAGACUUCCAGAUUACAGCAUUGCUGAAGAAUUGGGGCCUCCUCACAAGAGAGAGUUUGCAAUCGUUUGCAAGGUAGAAACAUUUGAAGAAACAGGUUUUGGUACUUCAAAGAAAUUAGCAAAAAGGGCAGCUGCAACAAAGAUGAUUGCCAAGCUACAGAAUAUUCCUACAGGCUGGAAUGGGGGAGAAGAAUUUAAAACUGAAGGCGUUUCGUUGUCAAACCUCAAGCAUGAUUGUGCUCAGAAAUCAGGAAAUGAAUGGAACGGGUCAAGGGGCACCUGGGACCUUGUAAGGAGGUCACCUGGAGAAAAAAUUAACCAACUGAAGAGAAGCCCACUCAGCAUUCCCAACACCGACUACACCCAGAUGUUGGGGGAAGUGGUGGAAGAACAAGGAUUUGAUGUCACCUACCUUGAUAUAGAUGAACUAACUGUGAAUGGUCAAUAUCAGUGUUUGGCUGAACUCUCAACACUCCCAGUUACUGUGUGCCAUGGUACAGGGAUUUCCCGUGGUAAUGCCCACAACGAGGCUGCUCACAACGCACUCCAGUACGUGAAGAUUAUGGCUGGACGAAAUUAAGAGAAAAAUAUAUCCACAGAGAAGUCUAAAAUAAGUAACCAAUUCUAAAGAGAAGUAUUUUUGUAAGUUACACGAACGAAUCUCGGCUUCUAGUUUGGUUGUGUGUACGCACACGUGCAAAGUUUCAAUGGUAUCAAGUCUAAUUCGUUGAAAUAAUAAAAGGAUUUUUCAAAGUACUUUAUAGAAGUAAUGUUUUGAGCAAUUCAUUUUUAAAUUUCUACCCUUGCUCUACUGCACAGCCAAAUUGAAUGACGGUCUGAUUAUUCUCUGAAAAAUAAAAUAAUCAGAUGCACAAAUACUCCUUUGUGUAUUUAGUCUCAUUUGUUCAACCAUCAAACAUUUGGAACUUUUAAAAGCCACAAAACAGACAUUAGGUUGUCAAUUGUAGUUAACUAUAGCCUGCCAUGUAGCCCUGUGUCUUGUGCAACAUAGUUCAGAUGGGGAACUGAAGAGAACUAUGUUGUUAUCAGCAUACUUAAAAUAGUUAUAGAAAAAUGGCAUAUAGCUGAAAAACUGAUUUGAUUAAAAAUGGUAUGUAUGAACUUGAGGCCUAAAUAGUUGUUGAACAAUGUGUUAUCUACACUAUCAGGAUAUUUUUGUAAAUAGAACUUUCAAUUUAUACUUGGAAAUAUGUAUAAAAAUUUUCCAGGAUUUUUAAAGGUAAUUAAUUUGUGCUUGGUUGAAAAUGGGGAAGAAUAUACCAAUAUUUGCUUUAAGAGCCGUGACAGUUUUCAUGCUACAGUUUUUAAACUUUUCUCAAUUACCUUCGGCACAACAUCCUUUAAUAAAAUCCUGGCCAUUGCCUGUUCACUCAGUAAAUGAAAAAAAAACUGACCUUGCAGUACGUUCCCAAGCACCCAGGCACAAAGGAAGGUUCCAUACAUAGAACAGUAAUCUGCCCACUACAUCUGUGCUGAAUAUGAUACAAAUUCAGCCACUCUCAUCGGCCUCCACAUAGUCCAUAUCUCAUAAUCCCUUGCCUGUUCAUGUUCCUGUUUAAAUGCCUCUGCAAUGUUGCUAUUGUAUCUGCUUCCACCACUACCCCCAGUAGCUGGCACCCACCAUUCUGUGUAAAUAAAAUAAAAUUGCUCCACACAUCAUCUUUAAACUUUGCCCCUCACUUUAAAACUAUGCCAUAUAGGCUUUGACAUUUCCACCCUGGGAAAAAUCAGACUGUUUAUCCUAACAUUGCCUCUCAAUUUUAUACCUUUAAACCUCUGGCAUUCCAGAGAAAACAAUCCCGCCUUUAUUGACAACGAAUACCCUCUAAUCCAGGCAGCGUUGUGGUAAACCUCUAAUGUAUCCUCUCCAAAGCCUCCAACUACCUUUGUUUUCUCUUCCUUACCACCAGCCGGAGGUCCAAAAGGUCCUUCCACGUGAAGCAGUGUUUCGCUUGUCUUUCUUCUAAUUGUGUGAAUUGCAUGACAUUGCUCACAACAUGGAUUUACGGGACAGAGAAACCAAACCACACUUGGGUGUCUUCUUUGUGGAGCACCUACAUUCGAGUCAGGGGUGCCUUGGAUCUCCCUAUUGUGUGUCAUGGUAAUUCCACAUCCCAUCCUGACCUGUGUGGCCUAUUCCCUGAUAACAAGGCCAACCAUACACUUGAGGAAUAGCAAGUCCGAAGAAGGGUCUUGACCCGAAACGUCACCCAUUCCUUCUCUCCAGAGAUGUUACCUGACCCGCUGAGUUACUCCAGCAUUUUGUGUCUACCUUGAGGAAUAGCAACUCAUUUUCCAUCUGUGCCUGUUGAAACACUUCAGCCACAACACUGAAUUCUGCAACUUCAGGCAUCUCACUUUCUCCGUCUUUGUCGGGACAGAGCCAUGACCACUAAGUCUUCCAUCUGUAAUAUUGUCCUUAUCUCUCUGCAUCAAUACAGCCUUACCUGCUGGACAUGUCUUGCAGCCUUGCGUAACACAUCUUCCCUCAUUCCCUAAAAGGAUAUAAAGAGCUGAAGUAACUCAGCAGAUCAGGCAGCAUCUCUAGAGUAUGUGGAUGGAUGACGUUUCCGGUCAAGACCCUUCUUCAGACUUAACAUUCUUUAAAUCCCCCCCCCCCCCCAAUCAUGACCAGAUGCCCUCUACAACUUCUACCCACAGUAAAGCUCACCUCGGCCCGUGUAAAUUGUUUUGUUUGACUUGUAACGCUCCUAGGUGGCUGUUCAGAGUUUGAUUCUUAGAGAACGGAAUGUGGAGUGAUAUUGUUUUCUAACCUUUUGUAUUAAACAAUUGCUGUUAGUGAUACGUAUCAUUGUUAAGACUACAGAAUAAUUUGUAAUUAUGUAAAUGAUUAAUGUUUUCAGUAUUUACUCUAUACGUGACUCAAGAAAACCAUUUGGAAGCUUUGAUUUAUUUUCAAAGCCUGAACCUCAGCUUUCAGGUUUUCCAUUGCCUAGUAAUGUGACAUUCUUUAUCUGUAGAUCGUUUGCAUUGAGUUGCUCUGAGUUAAUUCUGUAGGAAGUCUGUAAAGAUGAAUGUACUGGUAAAAGUUUUCAAUUUGCUUACAAACGGUGGUCCCGAAAUCGAGGCACGCAGUUCCUAUUUUGCACGCGAAAUGGCCUGAGUUACAAAUGCAGCAGGGAACUUGCUCUCUGAAAAAAAAGUCAGUUAAUGUAAUUUUGAAUGCCUCAAAAACAUUAAAAGCUGGACACAA